UUUUACUCAUCUCUAGUUGUUGUUUGUAAUUUUUCUGCUACAAAUCAAAACAAAGUAGUUAAAUUUUACUUUCUCAAAACAAAUUUACUGCGUAUACAAUUACUCUUAUUUACACCGCUAUGGUAAAAUUGUGUGUACAUUAGACCGGAACAUUAGUUGAAACAAUAAAGUAUUUCAACAUAUACUUUCCAUACCCGCAAAUGGAGCAACAGAAAAGCACCCACGUCUCUAAACUGUUCAUGUGCACCGUCGUUGACUGCAAAGAUGAAAUUGAGGAGAAAUUCGAACGUUCGUAUCUCAGCCUGCAGCAACAGAUUGCGGGCCUUAGUGAUAAGGAGAUGCACGACAUGUUGUCACAGUUGGUGUGCAAAGACAAGCAGCAUGAAGAGAUCUCUAUUGGAUUCCUUUACAUAAUGUUGACUGAACCAAGCAUUGCCCCUAAAACAUAUAGAGAUAUAACUCUCGUAUGUAGAGACGGCAUAAAUGUGAUCGUGGCAAACUUAACGUUGCUGGUUGUUGAAAAGUAUGCCAAGCUGUCGGAAAUUGCAAGGAGGCAACUAAUUUGGGUAUUACGAGAAUUUGUCAAGCAUCAAGUGCUAAGCGUCGAAAAUGUAAUUUGGAACUGUUUGCGACAGGCAGGUGGCGGAGAUGUGUCGCAUAAGAACCUGUUCCUAGUUGAAAGUCUGCUGGAUAUAUUUAUCGAAUAUAGAUCCUGGCUGGAAACCAAUCCGUUUCUCGUUCAAUCCGUUGUGUACAGUUACGUACGACUCAUAGAAGAUCAUGCCAACCCAGCAUUGUCAACUCUCCGCCAAAAAGAAGUAAAGUUUACGGUUUCGUUAAUACGGGACCGUUUUCAGGACAUUAUACCAUUAGGUAGAGAUUUUGUGCGAUUAUUGCAGAACGUGGCACGCAUUCCCGAAUUUGAGACUCUCUGGCGAGAUAUUCUCUAUAAUCCAAAGAGCCUGCACCCAACAUUUAACGGUAUUUGGCAUAUACUUCAAAUACGUACAAGUCGUCGAUUUCUACAAUGUCGCCUUUUGCCGGAAAUGGAGCGAAAGUUACAUUUUCUUGCAUCGUCGGUUAAAUUCGGAAACCAGAAACGCUAUCAGGAUUGGUUUCAGGACAAAUACUUUUCUACGCCUGAAUCACAUAGUUUGCGUUCUGAUCUAAUUCGCUUUAUAAUUAAUGUGAUUCACCCUACGAACGACAUGUUAUGCUCCGACAUAAUCCCACGCUGGGCGAUUAUUGGGUGGCUCAUAUCAUCAUGCACAAAUCCCAUAGCCUCAGCCAAUGCUAAACUAUCGUUGUUCUAUGACUGGCUUUUCUUUGAUCCAUUAAAAGACAACAUAAUGAAUAUAGAACCCGGAAUUUUAGUUAUGUAUCACUCUAUCAGAAACCAUCCGUUCGUCAGCAGUACACUAUUGGAUUUCCUGUGCCGAAUCACAAAAAAUUUUUAUGUUAAGCAUGAAGAUAAAAUUCGAAUGGGCGUGUUUAAUUCAUUGAAACUAAUACUUGAUAAACAGGUCAUUCCAAAUUUACAACCUCUUUUUGAAUCGCCAAAACUAGACAGAGAAUUGCGUAAUUUAAUACGUGAAAACUUUAAAGAGUUUAUGGCGCCGAACCCAAAUAUAGCGCAAACGUUUAAUACGCAUUCAAUACAACAAACGAUUUUUAAAAAAGAAACGGAUCAGCGCAUAAUGCAUGGUGAACCAGUCGAUGUACCAGCGUUUGCUUUAAAUAGUUCCACGACCAUUUUAGUGGUGGAUGACGACACCAAGAUGUCCAAGGUUCCGACACAGGGUACGGAUAGAGAAGGCGAAGUUCCCUUUAGCGAUGAUGAUGUUGACAAUUCAAAUAUAAACAACAAACACGAUGAAAAUACAGAUGACGACGAUGAUUUGCCAUUGUCCAAAGUGAGACUUAAAGAGAAACCUGUUCCAGAGAAAGUUGAACUGCCAGAAGCAAUAACUGAAUCAUUUGAAACAUUUUUUACAAAACGUAAUUCUUUUACAUGGGAAACAUUUCUGAAGGAUUUCCGUUCGUUAACCGCUUCUGCCCUGGACGAGACACAGCUGAACUAUGUUACCUCGAAUACAGUUUUGAUUCUACGUGAAACACUGCCACAACAGAACAUAUUAACUGAGAGUAAAACGGAUGAAAAGUUGUUAGUAAAAAGCAUUAGCUAUCCGUUGUUUGGGCUGUUUCGAUUUUUAUACGAAAAUGAUGACAAGAGUAAAAAACCCUUUCAGUCUUUGCUCUCUGAGAUAUGCGAACGUAUACCCGAAACCGGUUACCUAUUGCUGUACUUUAUGAAGGUCCAUUGCAAAUUGCAAACACGAAAAAAUGUCCAACAUACAUAUCAGUUUAAAACGGCCGUCUACCGACAGAUUUGUGAAGCGAUGGAUGACAAAAUCGGAAAUUGCCUGGUGCGGGACCUCGAUCUGCUUGAAAAAGAAAAUACCAUUAUUUACUUGUGGUUACUUCCCGAUAUUUAUAGAGAGUUUAAAUUAAUAGCAAUUAAUAAUACCGAUUUGCUGCGUAUCACUUUGCGAUGUAUCGAUGCAAAGAAUGUACGUGACAUCAUGUAUUCAGUGGCACAGGGUAAGCUUACUUUAUUUAAACAGGAUGGCCUCAUCGAUUGUAUACGAGAAAGCCUAGAAUAUGAAACGUAUGAGCAAUUUUGUCUUUGGCAGCUGGUUCAGGCGCAUGAUGUACCACUUAAGUGUAUUCAGGAUUUACUACCUGAGCUUGAAGCUGCAAGUCAUCCUGAAGCACUCAGCCAUUUGUUAUUGCUGUUGAAAAAUGAAGAACCUACAAAUGAAAUUAUACGUCUUUUGCUAAGCAGAGAAGCUAAGUCUAGGGGAGAUCCAUUUGUCACCUCCGCUUUAAGGUUCUGGUGUCAUCGUAGUGAGGAAAAGUUGUCUGAAAUAAUAGCGUCACUUUUGACAUCUAAAUACCCCAGUUCAUCUCCCAAUAAGCGUAAGCGACCUUCAAAAGGUUGUUCUGCUGCGAGCAGCACCCCAUCUUCUGAUCAAGUAUUAACCCACUUAGAGCAUUAUAGAAGAAGCUGCAGGCAUGGAACUGGCACUGGGCUAUACGUUCAUGACAUGAUGCAGCGGGCCCUACAAUCUGCUUACUCUCAUAGUAAUGAAAUCACAAAAAAACAAUUCAGUGAUCUGUUUGCUUUGGCUGCAGAAGACGAAACCACUGCAGUUGGUCGGCGUGGUGGUAGCGGGCGUGGACGUAAGCAACCACUUAGUAAAAAAGACUCAAAUAACCAAAAUGCUGGAAAUAAGAAGAUUUCAGAUGUUGUAAAAAACAUAUACUCAUCUGAUGAGAAUUCUAGUGAGGAGGAUUGGUCAAAGCAUAAAAUAACACAGGCUGCAAAAAAACGUAAAAAACCCAUUAACGACUCCGACUGACAACGUUUAAUGUUGUAUGUUCUCAUCUGUUCUCGCGGCUACUACAAAUUAAGAUGAGUUUGUGAACGAAAUGGCUUAUAUUCGGAUGGUUCAAAAAAUUUUCAAUUUAUAAGUAAGCUAAUGAAAAUUGUUUCGAACGUUAAAAUGAAACGUUAUAUAUUUUUAUUUUUAAUAAAAAUAAAGUUUAACAUCCAAAUUCUA